UAAAACAUAUAAUUUCCGUUGAGACAGAGUCAUCUAGAUACGUAAACAGUAUUCGUGAAUCGUAAGCCCAUACGCACAACGUGCAUGGUACGCCAUUCUGCUGAGCACAAACCCAGCGCACAACUACAUUCACUGGCGAGAAACUGCUUUUAAUACAAAUACGCUGCCAUGGCAGCUGCAUUCCCCUACAGAGGUGUUCCUGGAACAAUGCCUCCAGGUGUUCCUCCACCUCCUCCUGCUGUUGCUCCAGUACCAGAUUACAUGACUGAGGAGAAACUGCAAGAGAAAGCUCGGAAAUGGCAGCAGCUUCAGGCCAAACGCUACUCAGAGAAGAGGAAAUUUGGCUUUGUGGAUGCUCAGAAAGAGGACAUGCCACCUGAGCAUGUGCGCAAAAUCAUCAGGGAUCAUGGUGACAUGACGAACAGGAAAUUUCGGCAUGACAAGAGGGUUUACCUUGGGGCCCUGAAAUAUAUGCCCCAUGCAGUGCUCAAACUUCUGGAGAACAUGCCCAUGCCCUGGGAGCAGAUCAGAGAUGUUCCUGUGCUCUACCACAUUACAGGCGCUAUUUCCUUUGUAAAUGAAAUCCCAUGGGUGAUUGAGCCGGUGUACAUUGCUCAGUGGGGCACGAUGUGGAUCAUGAUGCGUCGUGAGAAGCGAGACAGACGGCACUUCAAGCGCAUGCGUUUCCCUCCAUUUGAUGAUGAAGAGCCUCCGUUGGAUUAUGCGGACAACAUCCUGGAUGUUGAGCCUCUGGAGGCGAUCCAGAUGGAGCUGGACCCUGAGGAGGACUCUUCUGUUGCAGAAUGGCUUUAUGAGCAUCAACCUCUGAAAGAUUCCACAAAAUAUGUGAACGGGACCACAUACAGACGCUGGCAAUUCACUUUACCAAUGAUGUCCACUCUGUAUCGAUUGGCUAAUCAGUUGCUGACAGACUUGGUGGAUAAAAACUACUUCUACUUGUUUGACUUGAAGGCUUUCUUUACCUCUAAAGCGUUGAACAUGGCCAUUCCAGGGGGACCCAAAUUUGAGCCGCUUGUCAGAGACAUUAAUCUCCAGGAUGAAGACUGGAAUGAGUUCAAUGACAUCAACAAGAUCAUCAUCAGACAACCAAUCAGGACGGAAUACAAAAUUGCAUUCCCUUACCUAUACAACAACCUGCCACACUAUGUGCACCUCACCUGGUACCACACACCAAACGUGGUGUUUAUCAAGACUGAGGAUCCUGAUCUGCCCGCCUUCUACUUUGACCCUCUGAUCAACCCCAUCUCUCACAGGCACUCCGUCAAGAGCCAAGAGCCUCUGCCAGAGGAUGAUGAGGAGUUUGAACUGCCUGAGUAUGUUGAGCCAUUCCUGAAGGAGACGCCUCUCUACACUGACAACACAGCCAAUGGAAUUGCGCUGUUGUGGGCACCUCGUCCAUUCAAUCUCCGCUCAGGAAGAACCAGACGGGCCAUUGAUGUGCCUCUCAUCAAAAACUGGUAUCGUGAGCAUUGUCCUGCAGGCCAGCCUGUGAAGGUGCGUGUGUCUUACCAGAAGCUGCUGAAGUACUAUGUGCUGAAUGCUCUAAAACACAGACCACCUAAAGCACAGAAAAAGAGAUACCUGUUCCGCUCUUUCAAAGCCACCAAAUUCUUCCAGUCCACAAAGCUGGAUUGGGUAGAAGUUGGCCUCCAGGUGUGCCGGCAGGGCUACAACAUGCUGAACCUGCUGAUUCACAGAAAGAACCUCAACUACCUGCACUUGGACUACAACUUCAACUUGAAGCCUGUGAAAACCCUCACCACAAAGGAACGUAAGAAGUCCAGAUUCGGGAAUGCUUUCCACUUGUGCCGUGAGGUUCUGCGUUUGAGCAAGCUUGUGGUGGACAGUCAUGUGCAGUACAGGCUUGGAAACGUUGACGCUUUCCAGCUGUCAGAUGGACUGCAGUACAUCUUCGCCCAUGUUGGUCAAUUGACUGGCAUGUACCGCUACAAGUACAAGCUCAUGAGGCAGAUCAGAAUGUGCAAAGACCUGAAGCAUCUCAUCUACUACCGCUUCAACACAGGCCCAGUUGGAAAAGGUCCAGGCUGUGGGUUCUGGGCUCCAGGGUGGAGAGUCUGGCUGUUCUUCAUGAGAGGCAUCACUCCUCUUCUAGAGCGGUGGCUUGGCAAUCUUCUGGCCAGGCAGUUUGAGGGUCGACACUCCAAGGGUGUUGCAAAGACUGUGACCAAACAGCGUGUGGAAUCUCACUUUGAUCUGGAGCUGAGAGCUGCUGUGAUGCAUGACAUCCUGGAUAUGAUGCCUGAGGGUAUCAAGCAGAACAAGGCCAGAACCAUCUUGCAGCAUCUGAGCGAGUCAUGGAGAUGCUGGAAGGCCAACAUCCCUUGGAAGGUUCCUGGGCUUCCAACCCCCAUUGAGAACAUGAUUCUCCGCUAUGUGAAGGCCAAAGCUGACUGGUGGACCAACACAGCCCACUACAACCGUGAGAGAAUCCGAAGAGGAGCCACUGUGGAUAAGACUGUGUGCAAGAAAAACCUGGGACGUCUCACUCGACUCUAUCUAAAGGCAGAGCAGGAGAGACAGCACAAUUACCUGAAGGAUGGACCUUACAUCACAGCUGAGGAGGCCGUGGCCAUCUACACCACCACAGUGCACUGGCUGGAGAGUCGUCGUUUCUCUCCGAUCCCCUUCCCUCCUCUGUCUUACAAACAUGACACUAAGCUGCUCAUCUUGGCUUUGGAGAGACUCAAGGAGGCUUACAGUGUGAAGUCAAGGCUGAACCAGUCACAGCGUGAGGAGUUGGGUCUGAUUGAGCAGGCCUAUGACAACCCUCAUGAGGCUUUGUCCAGAAUCAAACGUCACCUCCUCACUCAGAGAGCCUUCAAAGAGGUGGGCAUUGAGUUCAUGGACCUUUACAGUCACUUGGUGCCGGUUUAUGAUGUUGAACCUCUGGAAAAGAUCACUGAUGCAUACCUGGAUCAGUACCUGUGGUAUGAGGCAGACAAGCGCAGACUUUUUCCACCCUGGAUCAAACCAGCUGACACAGAGCCACCUCCACUGCUGGUGUACAAAUGGUGCCAAGGAAUCAACAACCUGCAGGAUGUGUGGGAGACAGCAGAAGGCGAAUGCAAUGUCAUGCUGGAGUCUCGCUAUGAGAAGAUGUACGAGAAGAUUGACUUGACGCUGCUGAACAGACUUCUGCGUCUCAUUGUUGAUCACAACAUUGCCGAUUACAUGACGGCCAAAAACAACGUUGUUAUUAACUAUAAGGACAUGAACCACACAAACUCGUAUGGUAUUAUCCGUGGCCUGCAGUUUGCCUCUUUUAUCGUGCAGUACUAUGGGCUGGUAAUGGACCUGCUGGUGCUGGGUCUGCACAGAGCCAGUGAGAUGGCUGGACCUCCUCAGAUGCCCAAUGACUUCCUCAGCUUCCAGGACACGCCUACUGAGAGUGCCCAUCCUAUACGUCUUUACUGCAGAUACAUAGACCGCAUUCACAUCUUCUUCAGGUUCUCUGCUGAUGAGGCGAGGGAUCUGAUCCAGAGGUACUUGACUGAGCACCCAGACCCCAACAAUGAGAACAUUGUGGGCUACAACAAUAAGAAAUGCUGGCCAAGAGAUGCUAGGAUGAGACUGAUGAAACAUGAUGUGAACUUGGGCCGUGCUGUGUUCUGGGACAUCAAAAAUCGCCUCCCUCGUUCUGUGACCACAGUUCAGUGGGAGAACAGCUUUGUGUCUGUGUACAGCAAGGACAACCCUAACCUACUCUUCAACAUGUGUGGCUUUGAGUGUCGCAUCCUCCCCAAGUGUCGCACUAGUUAUGAGGAGUUUACACACAAAGAUGGUGUGUGGAAUUUGCAGAACGAGGUAACAAAGGAAAGGACAGCACAGUGUUUCCUGCGUGUAGAUGAUGAGUCCAUGCAGAGGUUCCACAACAGAGUGCGACAAAUUCUGAUGGCUUCUGGGUCCACCACCUUUACCAAGAUUGUGAACAAGUGGAACACUGCUCUGAUUGGUCUGAUGACAUACUUCCGUGAAGCCGUGGUCAACACUCAGGAGCUUUUAGACCUGCUGGUGAAGUGUGAGAAUAAGAUCCAAACCCGUAUCAAGAUUGGGUUGAACUCCAAAAUGCCUAGUCGUUUCCCUCCUGUGGUGUUUUACACCCCUAAGGAGUUGGGUGGACUGGGAAUGCUUUCCAUGGGACACGUACUGAUUCCACAGUCUGACCUUAGGUGGUCCAAACAGACCGAUGUGGGCAUCACUCAUUUCCGUUCCGGUAUGAGUCAUGAGGAGGAUCAGCUUAUUCCUAAUCUGUACCGCUACAUCCAGCCAUGGGAGAGUGAGUUUAUUGACUCCCAGAGAGUUUGGGCCGAAUAUGCCCUCAAACGACAGGAGGCCAUUGCUCAGAACAGACGUUUGACACUGGAGGAUCUGGAGGACUCCUGGGACAGAGGUAUUCCACGUAUCAAUACACUCUUCCAGAAGGACAGACACACUCUGGCUUAUGACAAGGGCUGGAGAGUCAGAACAGACUUCAAGCAGUACCAGGUGUUGAAGCAAAAUCCAUUCUGGUGGACUCACCAAAGGCAUGAUGGGAAAUUGUGGAAUUUAAACAACUACCGUACCGACAUGAUCCAGGCACUUGGAGGGGUGGAAGGCAUUCUUGAGCACACACUCUUCAAGGGAACCUACUUCCCCACCUGGGAGGGUCUCUUCUGGGAGAAGGCCAGUGGUUUCGAAGAGUCGAUGAAAUGGAAGAAACUCACCAAUGCUCAGAGAUCUGGUCUGAACCAGAUUCCUAAUCGACGAUUCACCUUGUGGUGGUCUCCUACAAUCAACCGAGCCAAUGUAUAUGUGGGUUUCCAAGUGCAGUUGGACCUCACUGGAAUCUUUAUGCAUGGUAAAAUCCCAACUCUCAAGAUCUCUCUGAUCCAGAUCUUCAGAGCUCACUUGUGGCAGAAGAUUCAUGAGAGCAUUGUUAUGGAUCUCUGUCAGGUGUUUGACCAAGAGCUGGAUGCUUUGGAGAUCGAGACUGUCCAGAAAGAGACAAUCCAUCCUAGGAAGUCUUACAAGAUGAAUUCCUCCUGUGCUGACAUUCUGUUGUUUGCCUCCUACAAGUGGAACGUCUCUCGCCCCUCGCUUCUAGCAGAUUCAAAAGAUGUUAUGGACAGCACCACAACACAGAAGUACUGGAUUGACAUUCAGCUCAGAUGGGGUGACUACGACUCCCAUGAUAUUGAGCGAUAUGCCAGGGCCAAGUUCUUGGACUACACCACUGACAACAUGAGUAUUUAUCCAUCACCCACUGGAGUCCUGAUUGCCAUUGAUCUGGCCUACAACCUUCACAGUGCUUAUGGUAACUGGUUCCCUGGAGGCAAGCCCCUGAUCCAGCAGGCCAUGGCGAAGAUAAUGAAGGCCAACCCAGCUCUUUAUGUGCUGAGAGAGCGAAUCCGCAAGGGUCUGCAACUCUACUCUUCAGAGCCCACUGAGCCUUACCUAUCUUCCCAGAACUAUGGAGAACUCUUCUCCAACCAGAUCAUCUGGUUUGUGGAUGACACCAAUGUGUAUAGAGUCACCAUCCACAAGACCUUUGAAGGUAACUUGACCACAAAACCAAUCAACGGAGCCAUUUUCAUCUUCAACCCCAGAACUGGACAGCUUUUCCUGAAAAUCAUUCACACAUCUGUAUGGGCAGGACAAAAGCGUCUUGGACAGCUGGCUAAGUGGAAAACUGCUGAAGAAGUGGCUGCCCUGAUCAGAUCACUGCCUGUUGAAGAGCAGCCCAAGCAGAUUAUUGUGACCAGGAAGGGCAUGUUGGAUCCUCUUGAGGUGCACUUGCUGGACUUCCCCAACAUUGUAAUCAAGGGCUCUGAGCUCCAGCUGCCCUUCCAGGCCUGUCUGAAAGUGGAGAAGUUUGGAGACCUCAUUCUGAAGGCCACAGAGCCUCAGAUGGUCCUGUUCAAUCUGUACGACGACUGGCUGAAGACCAUCUCCUCUUACACUGCAUUCUCUCGUUUGAUCUUAAUCCUGAGAGCACUUCACGUCAACAACGACCGAGCCAAAGUUAUCUUGAAGCCUGACAAGACAACAAUCACCGAGCCCCACCACAUCUGGCCCACUCUGACCGAUGAGGAGUGGAUCAAAGUGGAGGUGCAGCUCAAAGAUCUCAUCCUGGCUGAUUAUGGCAAGAAGAACAAUGUGAAUGUGGCAUCUUUGACCCAGUCUGAAAUCAGGGACAUCAUCCUGGGUAUGGAGAUUUCUGCUCCAUCCCAACAGAGACAGCAGAUUGCUGAGAUUGAGAAGCAGACCAAGGAGCAGUCUCAGCUAACAGCCACACAAACUCGCACUGUCAACAAACACGGAGAUGAAAUUAUCACCUCCACCACCAGCAACUACGAGACGCAGACCUUCUCUUCCAAAACCGAAUGGAGAGUUAGGGCAAUCUCUGCUGCCAACUUGCACUUACGUACUAACCACAUCUACGUGUCAUCGGAUGACAUCAAAGAAACUGGCUACACUUACAUUCUGCCCAAGAACGUUCUGAAGAAGUUCAUCUGCAUCUCAGAUCUGCGUGCUCAGAUUGCAGGUUAUCUGUAUGGAACCAGCCCUCCAGAUAACCCUCAGGUAAAGGAAAUCCGCUGUAUCGUGAUGGUGCCACAGUGGGGUACGCAUCAGACUGUUCACCUGCCCAACCAGCUGCCACAACACGAGUACUUGAAGGAAAUGGAGCCUCUUGGAUGGAUCCAUACACAGCCCAAUGAAUCGCCUCAGCUAUCUCCUCAGGAUGUCACCACCCAUGCAAAGGUCAUGGCUGACAAUCCUUCCUGGGAUGGCGAGAAGACUAUCAUUAUUACUUGCAGUUUCACCCCUGGUUCCUGCACGCUGACGGCCUACAAGCUGACUCCCAGUGGAUAUGAGUGGGGUCGACAAAACACAGACAAGGGAAAUAACCCCAAAGGUUACUUGCCCUCUCACUAUGAAAGAGUCCAAAUGCUCUUGUCUGACCGUUUCCUUGGCUUCUUCAUGGUGCCUGGCCAAGUCUCCUGGAACUACAACUUCAUGGGUGUUCGCCAUGAUCCCAACAUGAAAUAUGACCUACAGUUGGCCAACCCAAAAGAGUUCUACCAUGAAGUUCACAGGCCAUCUCACUUCCUCAACUUUGCUUCUCUGCAGGAGGGUGAAAUCUACAAUGCUGAUCGUGAAGAUAUGUAUGCAUAAUCGUACAAACAGUGACUAUAUAAAGUAAAUGCACCCAACAGGCUAAAGUAAUGUUUUGUCACCAAGACUCACUCUAUACUGUUUGCAGUAAUGUAAAUGUUUAGAAACUCAAAGCAUGUCAUCUGUUUUUUGCUUUAUCAUAAUUCCCUGGCAUUGAGUUGAUUAUGCACAUUGCUGAAAGCACAUUUUGUGCUUGCUUUUUGAAUGAAUUCUCAUCUAAAAAUAUCUGUACCCUUUUUCGUAAUUGUUUGUAGUACAUUGUGUUUUUUAUAAAUCCAGAACAAGUUGUCUGUACCCUGUAGCUAUGUUGUGCAUCUGUUAUGUACACUGUAGUUUGGGUUUAAAUAAAGAUUACCACUUUUAUAAGAA